GUCACCCGCCGUCCGUUCAGUGUAAAGUAUAUAAUAGUAAGCGGUGCGUGCGGUCUUCUUUCCCCAACCGUCUUGGGACGUAUCUAUAUCACCCGUUUUCUUUCAGUCUGAAGUCGCCGUCAACCUGAUCACUUGGAAUUUUAAGGAUGUGGAGAAAAUUGUUGGCAGUAUUGCCACUACUAUGGGCGGACGGAUUCACGAAGUCCUACCGUGGACCCCUACCAGAAAUCAACCAGGAUCGCGAUUCCCGCUGGAACACCACGCACGAACCAGUCAUUCCGGAGGGCGGAUCCCUACCGAUAGGCGGAAGAAACGUCUAUCUAGAGAGAGACGAUUCCAAUACGACUACACAACGUCCGGUGAUUCCGGAAGGGGGUCGAUUCCCAUUACGCCAAGGGCUACUUUCCCUCGCGUCGAUCCAAGUUGAGGAAGACGGGUCAGUCGUCAUUCCCGCUCAUGUGCAGGAGUACAUUAAGGCUAUGGCGCCGAAUAAAAUCACCAACCCUAAAGAGCCCGUUCCAACCAUGUGUGGCACGUAUUACUUGAGCGCUGGGGAGGGUAUGGUCGUGACCACUCCAUACUACGACAAAAAUUACGUGAAUAACUUCAGGUGCCGAUGGAUCUUCGUGUCAAAAGACAGCGACGAGUUGUCCCUCAGCUGCGAAGACUUCAGGCUCGACAGGAAGGGAAAGGAUUACCUCGGCGUCCAACACAGAAAGCAGGAGCCAAAGAGAAGAAGUACCGGAAGAACAACAAGCCCUCCAUUGCCAGCACUGUUGGUGGUGUCCUCAGACUGCGGUUCAGCUCGAACUCCAAGGACUCGAGCAAGGGAUUCAAAUGCACCGUCGCUCACCUGGGAGUCCCAACAACGACGACCACCACCACUUCAACGACGACGACCACCACGUCGACCACUACGACGACCACGCCCUCACUUCAGCUCUCCCACCCCCUCUGCGGCCUCUCCAACGCCAGAAUUGUCAACGGAGCAGAGACUGCGCCCAACGCAUACCCCUGGAUGGUUUGGACUUACAUGCAGUGGAGCAAUGGCCUAAAGAGAUGGUGUGGAGGCACGAUAAUUCACGAAUUUUGGGUUCUUACUGCAGCGCACUGUCCUUACAGGAUGAACGACGCCCAAACAAACCUGUACUACCCAAGCUCCAUCAGCGUCAUCGUGGGAGCUCACCAAAAGGACGUCCCAAGUGCCACAGGCGGUUAUGUCGUGGAGGUGGAUACGAGAUUAAUCUUUCUGCAUCCGAAAUAUCAGAUGCCUUACGACAUCGCCCUUUACAAGUUGAAGACACCACUGACGUUCAGCCACAGAGUGGCUCCUAUUUGUCUGGCGCGGCGGGAAUGGAAAACCAACACCUUCCAAGGUGUCCCCGUCUUCCUGGCUGGAUGGGGGAAGACCGAGACAGGAACAUUAGCGGACAAACUCCGGUUCUACAAUACAGUGGGGUACAACUUCACCCUCUGCAGAGCUCUGUACGGCUCCUGGAUGGGAGAUACUCAGAUGUGCACCGAUGGAUCGGCCAGGAAGCACUCUUGUUCCGGUGACUCAGGCGGACCAGUGAUGUACCGGGAAGGCAGCCGAGUUUACCAGGUGGGGGUGAUCAGCUUCGGCAGCUCCAGCGAGUGUAACGACCAGUUCCCCGACGGGCAGGUGAAGGUGGCCGCCUUCAUUGACUGGUUUGAGAGCAUCAUGGGAGUUGUAUUCAACAUCUAAGGAAGUUUAAUUAAGCUGAGAGAACGUUGUAAAGGGAAGUGGUUGACAGAGUCCAGCCGACAGAAAAUUAUUGAUACGAUUUUAUCCAAAUAAGACCGUGAACUUUAGUACACUUGACAAAGGGUCUCAGUGAGAGCAUCGAGAUAACUAUUAUUGUUGGGCGACCAGAAGUGACCAAAAAAAGAAAUGAGAACUGUUACGUGUAAUACCAUGAAAAAUAUAAAACAGAAACA